AUGAAGAUUGGCUUUCUUGCACGCGACGCCAAUAUCUACGAAACCAAAGAUCUCGUACUCUAUGAGGAGAUUGCCCUAAUUCCGGGCUUCCAAAGGCCAGUGGUCUGUUUGGUUGGGGCUCGUGGCGUUGGUCGGAGAACACUGCGCAGCAUGUUAAUCAAGUCAAACCCCGAGCGCUAUGCACCGGCGAUACCGCGUAAGUUAAUUCGAUGCAGAUUUGUCAAAUUUACCGGCUGA